AUGUGGACUGACCCUCGCCUCGUGCCGAACAAUUGCCCCGGUUUUUCGACCCCGAAAGUCCCGGGGGAUGGAAUAAAUUGCAGUACCGACCUGAAAGUGCAGGCUAUUAUGCUUGGCAGUCGAUCCAAGGGAAACAGAGUACCAGAGGGAGAACCGGGACCAUGGUGA